AUGUUGAUUCAUCGCCUCAAUACACUUGUGGAAGCAUUGCAUGAAAUUAGUGAAACAGAAAAUCAACAGAGCACAUUCACAUUUAAUUCUUAUAAAGAAGUACUUGAUGAAGCUCGCCAAAUGAUUGACACCGUUCAUUAUGAUAGGGCUCAUGGAGCAGAUGGUUACACACGACAUGGACUUGGAAAUCAGAUGACACACAGAAAUGUUCUUUACAAGCUACUGACUGAUUCUAAUAAUAAUAAAUCAUAA